GUACCUUCCCGGUUGUGUGUUGUCACGGCUGCUUGGACUGGCAAGCAAAUUUGAAUACUGCUCCGCAUUAUUCACAAAUUGAAAGUGAUUUCGUAACGAAUGUUCUCGCACUAUGUGAAUGCCUUUACAGUCUGUUUUAUCGGAGGGAGUUAAAAUUAAAAUGUAAGGCCCAGUAAAAUCAGGUAAGCGUCAUCUAAGUGAGUUGACAUUCAAAUUUAUUACUGUGAGCGGGUUCAUCGUUUUGCGAAUCAGGGUAUUCCUGUAUUCUUAAACGCUGUAAAACUGUUAAUGCGUAAAAUCUUCAUGGAUCUGUUAGCUCCACCGUUUCAUUUUUUACUCCUGUUACUGCUUCCUUUAUUAUUGUAGAUUUGUGUACAGACAUUCAGGGGCACCCAACGUCAACUUUCGGAAAAUAUCUGUUCGGAAGACGAUUUGAGGUCUAGAAAUUGCACAACAUUUGUUGUAAAAUUUCUUGCUUGCCUGCCUCUCCUAAGGUUUUCGAACAUCUAAAAAAUGGUAUAAUUGCCCAUUCUUAACGGAUUGUUACCCUAAAAAGGUCACCUGGAAUUUUAAGGAGCCUUUUUCUGGCUGAUAUUUUCGAAAAGGUAAGUUUUGAUCCCUAUAAUUUUCGGAUCACUAGACUUUCAGCUAGGAAAUCCGAACAGAUGAAAAUCUUUUAGGGGAUCAAAAUAUGCCUAUAUCUACCGUUUAAAUACUAAAAUACGUUUAACAAUGCUAUGUUUACUGAGUGGUUUUAUAUAUUCUCGUUGGGUGACCCUGGACAUUCUCGAAAUGAUAGGUUACCGUCCAUGAUACUAGCGGAUCGAAAAAGUUUUCCGGUGUUGUGAUAUCCGUUACUUUGAUUCAGUUCUGCAUACAUGUUGAUGUCUAACAUUUAAUUCGAAUUAUUUGUACUAAUAUAUACUGUUGAGGGAAAAGGGAAACUGGAAUUGCACUAAGUGAUAUGUUGAGAGCCUUUAUCUAAAGAUAUCAUGGACGAAAACUUGUGUCUGGCGGAUUCGUAAAUUAGGCUGAAGAAGUGAAGCGCAAAAGCAGGCCAGCUCUGUGCCGGCUUUGCUAGAAAAUAAGGUACAUGAAAGUAGACACCAAGUGCGAUUUGCCACUGGCUUAAAAGCAAUGCCAAUGCAGGCAGUGGCACAUUCUAGUUGGCUUGGUUAUCAUCUGAUUAUUUGCUAAUCUGAGCUGAAAGAAGAACUUGCUAAGGUAAAAACAUCUGCAAAACAGUAUGUGAUAGAAUUGUGCUGAGGUUGUUUAUGAGUUCCGUUGAGGAAUGUGCGGCUAACUUCAUGAUGGCCCUGAGCGGUUUGUAUGUGGAACAAAGCCGCCUAGGCCCUUUGCAGCUUGCCAUACACGUGGUUCAAAACCGCCAUGCUGGGACGCAAGAGUCGCACUGGGGCAAGACAAACCAACGGCAUACAUAAUUUUAAAUCGUAAUUCCCCGUUUGAUUGUCUGUCCCAGUGCGACUUUUGCGUCCCAGCAUGGCGGUUUUGUACCACGAAAAUGGCAAGCUGCAAAGGGCCUAGCAGUUGGGUGUUUUCACUGAACUAACUGAUAAACUGUUUAAGUUUGUUUUAUCGAUAACAUGAACCCUUGUGAAUCGAUUGUGAAGGCUUUCGGUCUAAAAAGACUCCCUGCUCAAGACACAUUUCAUUGAAGACUCAAGACCUUGAAACCCAUACCCUGUUCGGCGGCACAUGAGUAAGUUUACUCGUUUAUGAAAAACGGGAGAAACCGACGGGACUUACACGAUAUUGACAACGAUCCAUCCCAUCCUACGCGCUGUAGUAAAGCAGAAAGUUUCAACAGCUAAGCAUAAUUCCGUAUAUACAAGAUUUGUUUUUUUUUUCAGCUAGGAACCGGCUGUUGUAAAUAUGGACCCAAAUCAAUGUGGCCUGAUGGCCCAAAUAGCAAUGAGUCAGGGGAACUUUAUAGAGGCCCUGAACCUUAUUUCCAUGGCCCUGCGUCAAAUACCGCCUGAUCUCAUAAACACGCCAUUUGGUGCUCCUUUCAUUGCCGAUCGAGCAGAGUGCUUUUGGCAGUUGGGUGAUGCUGAAGAAGCAGCGAAUAACAUGAGGAUUGCCAUUAGUAAUGGAUUACCGGAUGACGCCGCAAACUCAGAGGUUAAGUUUUAAGUGCUGGUGAUAACUGUUUUUUAUUGAGCACUUUCAACGAGUGAUGAUGAUCUGAUGAUGACAGACAGAAUGCGGACAUACAGUUUACCCAGGAGAUCGAGGAAAAUGAUAACAACAGACUAAGAACGACAAUUUACAGAAAACCGACGUCCGACACAUAAAUGAUGCGAUUGCAUGCCAUGAUCUCUCUUGAACGCCUAUUUACAUCGAGUGCGAUCGAGCUAUCGCCCAGUCUUAUCUCGUUUACCACAAUACUCAGCAAACUUAUGAUGAUGAUAAUGAUGAUGAUCAAUCAGUGAUGAUAGUGAUAAUAGGACAAUCACAUUACUUUUAGAGGGCAUAUAGUCAUGUGAUUAUCAUUAUUACCAUUACACAAGGCAAAUCGAACAAAUUUAUUUCAUAAGAAAAGACUGACUAACAUGAAAUCAAGUUGCGGGCUGCAAAUUCCAUUUACAGCCCGCACUUUGCCGUUUGGCCCGCGAAAAGGAGCGUUUUAGAGAGGGCAGUUUUUCAGUCGGCCGCGUGUAGGAUUAUAGGCUUCUCAUUUAAACUAUGACCUGCAUGUACCUUUUUUUUUCAGGAGGAGGCCGCGAAAUGGACCAGUCGUGGUGUUUCUUUAUAUCGAGACCAUAACUAUGUUCUCGCUGAGCAGUGCACAAGUUUCGCUUUGUAUUUUCGUGUGGACAAUCCCUUUUUUAAGGCUCAAUCCUUUUUGUACCGAGCUCUGUCAAGGUUUGAACUUGGAAAUAUUUCAGGAACACAAAGCGACGCACAGGAAGUCAAAAGACUUGAUAAAAAUUUCGCAAGGGUAAGAGAGUUACUUUCUGCUAAAAUUUUGAAUAAUGCUUUUAAUGAACUAAAGCUGAUCACGUGCUAAAGCUGAUCAGGCGUUCUGGUGGAUUCGUAUCUGUGUAGAUGGGAGAAUCAAGAAGCGAGGGGGUUGGGGAGGGAUUUUCUUUGUAAGAUGUUGGAAACUCGGCAUUUAUUAUUGUUACUUUUUCAUCAAAUCGGAAGAAAUUAAAAUUUGAUGGGAACUAGUUGAAAUAGUUAAGUUCAAGCUAACGAGACAUACAUUUUUAUUCACUAUUGUGCAACAUCUUUAACUGCAGGCCACAGCUCAAAAACAAAAAGAGGAAGCAAUGGAAAAGUUUAGACGACACAGCUACGACAAAGCGGUGGAAUUAUUUCAACUCUGUCUUCUGUUUCAUCCGGACGAUAGCUCAGGCGUGAAGUUUAGACGUUCGGUUCAGAGUCAUCAAGCGACUGCUUACUUCCAUUUAAAUAAGUACAGAAAAGCUCUUGAGGUUGGAAAGAAGUCGUACAAUUCUAAUCCAACAUUUAAGUCUAAGGUAAGAUAUAUAUAUUCUUGCUAGUAAAGCUCCCACAAUCUUCCAGAAGGGAACCAAAGUAUCGACGGACAAGAAGGAACGAAGCUCUCACUUGCCAACAGCUUUCCUGGUUUUGCCUUUUGUGAUUUCAUUAGAUGUUAUAGUUCAUUGUUUUUUUUUUCAUUAGUAGCAACUCAACUGCUUACCCUGUCUGCUGUCUGGAUUAUCAACUUUGGGCUUUGUGAGCAGAUUGGAACUAAGCUCUGGAGCGUUUACCAUUUGUAAGAAAAUUUCGGUAAAAAAAUUUCUGACAAAUGGCAAUGGACUUAAAAACGUCUCCGAAAAGAGAAAUAGGUUAGAGUUGUAUUAUUUGCAAAAUACCAGAUAACGAGUGGAACUGGGUUAAAACAAAUCACCUUCCGCCUUUAAAGGAAGCCUGGCACUGGUUAACUAGACAAAUGGUACAAAUAAUUUCGGUUGUUUCGGUAAAAACGAAAAAAAGGUAUACGUAAUACCUCGAAAGGGAUUACUUUUUUUCCGGAAAAUUUCCACCGGGAUAAACCAUUCCAUUUGAAUUCUCCACGGAAUUACCGGGUUUUCCAUACAAAUGGUAAGCGCUCCUGGUCUUAUGACGUUUGGUAGCUAGGAGUAGCCUAAAUAGAAUUUAGCGAGUCUGGAAAGACGGUCUUAACAUUACUGAACCUUAGUGUGCACUGGCCUUAUUUACAGGAUGAAGCAGAAAGAUGGAAGGACAGAGGAAAUCGCCUCUCCAAAGAACCCAAUUCGUUAGACCUAGCAAUCGACUGUUAUUCACUUGCACUUAAAUAUGCAGACGAGAGGGACCUUAAAGCAAAAAUUUGGUCUAACCGAUCUCUGAUGUAUAAAAAUACAGAAAGAUACGAAGAGGCACUAUGUGAUGCCCAGCGUUGUGUAGAGAACAAACCAAACUGGGAAAAGGUAAAACGAGGCCUCUUUGCUUUUACAUUGGUGCGGGUGGAGAUUUAGAAUCAAGUUUACAGCGAACGGUACACGUGACAUUUCAAAUUGACAAUUUCUCAAUUCGCGAAGAGAGCCAACAAAAACUGGGCUCUGAAAAUAUUCUUGUUUAUAAACAUGACCGCUGAUAUAACUGCGGAUUAACAACUAGUAAAGGGAAAAGUUGACGUUUGCCAUUUUUCGUUAACGUGAUUCCAAAUCUCUCUAUAACCCAUUUUCAGGAUGACGACAUUUUACUACCACUACCAGAAUUCACUUCGUUUUUGCUUUCUUAUUUUAGUUUCUCAAUCCCGCUGAGUUUAAAACACAGUAGCCUUAAUUUGCACAAGGAAACAACAAACUGAAGCAUUCUGGUACUUGUGGUAAAAUGACGUCAUCGUGCUAUUGUCCUGUGACGAUUACUGAAAUCUUGUGUCACUUGCUCGGCCAAUCAAGAGUAAAAUCAAAAUCGUACCAGUCGUGACUUAUUUGCACGUGAUUUCUCUUGAUGGGCCUGGCUACAUGUCUUUGUUUUAAGAUCCGAUAGGUUCAUCGGAUUGUCUUCCAUUGCCUGAAUUGUAAUUGACUUGUUACCAAAUUGAAACUGCUCCAAUUAAAAAUAGUCUUUACUUUGCGCAGUGAAGAAAACUACCCACAAUGAAAAAUUAUUGGUACGGCUACAUCGCGGUUCAAUAUGGUAAAUUUUUUCAGGCCUGAAACUGACUCGUCUCCAGUUGACUCUCAUCACUCCGUAGCGGCGCGCAGGGUUGGAUGGAAACUAACGCGAAAAGGGAGAGAAUUCUUCUCUUCGUUCCAUCACCCUUUGCUCCCGUCGCUGUUCGAGUUUAACACGAAGACGACUGGAAACGAGUCAGGGCUGAAAUUUCUUCCCGAUCAGUUCUUUGAUGCUGGUUCCUUUACUUAGUUUUGAGAUAUCUACACAGUUUCUGCACUAGCUCUUAUCCUUUAUAUUUAUAUUUAUUACACGUCAGGCGCAGUACCGUUUAGGAUCUUGUCUAUUUGCAUGCGAAAGAUACAGUGAAGCUCUGGAGCCCUUUUCAAGAUCUCUACAGCUACUACUUAACAAUCCCUCAAGUACAGAGCAUGAUAAAGUGGAUACCUUAAAUCAAGUUUUGUCGGUGGCACAAAAACAUCCAGGUACGUAGUCAACUUCAAACACAUAUUAAGGGAAAGAGAUACCAUUUGGAAAAGUAUAUAAAAACUGUCAAAGGUGUUAUCGAAGUAUUUGUCAUUAAAUAUGGCAAAGUAACACUUUUUCUUUAUUUCUUGAUAAAGUCGAGCCACUCCAAAACGGCCACAUUGAGGACAGAAGAUAGUGACCGUUUACCCUGGUCCCAGAGGUUUUUCUGGAUUUUUCUUCGCGAAAGAGAUGAAGAGCAAGCCGCGAAGCGGCGACAACGAGUCGCGAAAGCGACGAGGAGAGAGAGAAAAAACCUCUGGUAACCUUGGCCUCGAAUCUCACUUUCAUGCAGACGAGAGGGUCAGGAUCUGACCCUCGGGCGUUGAUUGGUUGAUAUUUUUUCAAACACGCAAACCAAUUUGAUUGGCCCGUUUAAUUGUAACUACCGAGGGGACGCUGAGGAUUUUCACACCUCAUUUUGCCUCUCUCUACCAGAGAAGAAAAUUUUUUGUAUGCUGCACUCGCAAUAACAUUUGCACGGGACCAAGGCACGUAAAGGCACGCCAUAUUUCGAGAUUUUGACAUGGAUGUUGUUCCUGAAAGAAUAUUCGAAGAAAUUUGGACCUCGGUACUUGAUGAGCGCUUUCCUGAGUCUCACUGAACAACAAAAGAAAGCUUUGUUCGCCGCGUUGAGUCGAAAGGAUGUGUUCACCAUUCUAUCAACCGGACAUGGAAAGUAUAUAAUAUUUCAGUCGUUACCUGAUGUUUGCGAGUACCUUUCCUUAAGAGGCUACUCAUACCCUCGCCAUGCAAUAAUUUUGGUUGUCUGUCCUCUCAAGUCUCUUGUGGACUCGCAUAUCCGCGAACUGCGAAACCGUGGCGUCUCAGCAACCAGUUUGAGCAGUCCAGACGUUGACGACCAGAAUCUCGUGUCUCGAUGUAUUUACCAUUUUCUGUUACAAUACUGUCAUUCCAUUAAAUAAACUAACAUGUUUAGGGCAGCAAAAUAUCAAUCUCCGAAUACGAAAUGAAAGUUUCCUGUAGGGAAAAAAACAUACAACUUUGUACAAGUACGUAAUCAUUUUCGGUGCAGCUUGCAUUUUCCUGCGACGCCAAAUAUUUAUCUUUAAAGAUCUAACCAACGUUAUUUUUGGCAUUGGGUCAACAAAAACCUCUGAAAGUCCAUUCCGAGCCUUAAGGGUUUGUUGUGCUGCAUGACUCUUCCUAGCGCCGUUGUUCCACAAAAAAAGGAAAUGGAACCGCCAAACCAAAAUGCGAGCAAGAUUGUCAGAACACAUAUUAAUAUUACUAUUUUGAAGGGAAUGCCUGCGAAUCGACGCGAACGGCGCGCCCCGCAGAAGUAAACAAUAUAAUAAGCGCGAUUGAUAGACUCUUGCAAACUUUACAACUUCCCGGUGGCACUUCUGACAGAUAAUCCCUUUGAGUCAUGUACACAGCCGACAGAACAGAAGACAAUGUUUGUGAAAAAUCCUUGUUAUUAUACCCAAAAACGUUGAUUUUAGAUCGGCCACUUAUUUUUACAUAAAUUCUGCAAAUCCUGCAGCAGUCGUGUGGAACAAUGUUGGUUUCUUUGUAAAGUGGUGUUCUUAUUCCUGGACUCUUGUCGCCCAACUUUAACACAUGCUUUAGCUUGACCCCGAUUAACAAAUCACUCUUUACCACGGAAGUGGAGAUGGUUUGUUCAUAACAUAAUUUCCCCAGGUCUACCCCCACUUAAAAAAAUAGCGGCUGAUAAGCACGUGUUUGCUAAAUUGCCAUUGGUCACUCUUUUUAUUAGCAAUUUGACGCGUUUGACAGCUGUCGUCUGCAUGAAAGUGAGAUUCGAGGCCAAGGUAACCAGAGGUUUUUCUCUCUCUUCUCGUCGCUUUCGCCACUCGUUGUCGCCGCUUUGCGGCUUGCUCUUGAUAUCUUUCGCGAAGAAAAAUCAAGAAAAACCUCUGGGACCAGGGUAGUGACCGUUAUGGGGAGGUAGUGGUGUAAUAUUUCAAAUUUUGUUUUAGGGAGUACAACAUGUUAAUUGUUGCUAAGUUCAUGCUUCCUUAAUCCCACAAAUAUAUUCCAGUCAUAUAUAAUAUAUAUAUAGAUUACCUUAGUCAGAAAACCCGUAUUCAAUUUUCUGACACGCGUUUGUUUUAUAGCUUAAAAAGUUGAAUAGUUCAUAAACUACUAGUCUCGUAUCACGUAUCUAAUUCAGGUGGCACGUGUGGUAUCCAAUACGAUGUCCCUCAAAACCUAAUUCAAACGGCAGUCGACAAGGCUGUUGCCGAAAAAGACUGGCAGCGACUUCAUCUUCUCUUCAUGGGCGGUGGAGGAGAAAAACGUUUUCAGAAAGGAUCAGGGGGCCUGGGAACUGGCUGCGACGCAAGUAGUGUUCCCUUGGAAGAAAUCAUUCACUGCGAUUUCAAAGAUCUUACAGACUUUAUAAGCGUCUUAUUGGAUCACAAAGCCAGGAAAACAAACAGCACAAGUGAAGCCCAUAAGGUAUGAGAAUACGUGGCGCGACAAAAGAAAUUCAGAAUUUGACAAACAAGUUGUAAAUUACAUUUCUUUCUUCUUCUUCUUCUUCUUCUUCUUCUUCUUAUUACUAUUAUUAUUAUUAUUUUUAUUAUUAUUAGUUAUUAUGUUGAUAAAGUCUCACACCUACAGGUCGCCUUUUCCCUAAAUCAUCAAGCUACAUCCUAUAGUCUUAGGCUUGUUGUUCCCAACAACCGAGCUUUAUUAUUAUUAUUAUUGUUAUUAUUACUAUCAUUAUUAUUAUUAUUACUGAAUAACAUAAUAAUUUUAUUGAACUUUAAAAAAUAUGUACAUAAUUUGCAGAAAUAUUUGAAGUAAGAAUUUAAAAGCACUAUAUAACAUUAAGAAUUAUAUAAAUCACAUUAUUAUUAUUAUUAUUAUGACAAAUCAACAGACACCAUAUCUGAAAGUGGCUUGUAGCGGUAAGCUAUCACUUGUUUCGAGCAUCUCCGUUAUGCAAGUUAAAUCAUGUUUCUCGAGAUAUGAACGGCUUUAAUUUGUUACUAAUAUAGGGUAUCUUGUUUUGUAUUGUGUUUCUCCGACUGGGUUACUUUAAGUGUAUUCGCUAAAACCCCAAUAGAAAACUGAACUUCCCUUUUCGUUAUCUCCUUCGUCGGCAGAGAACGUUCAAGGGUGAUGGUCUCGAAGCACUUCGUAAAGGGGACAACAAGAAAGCAUUAGAACUGUUGCAAAUCUCUUUGAAACAACAAGAAGGCGAUGUUAGAGAACAGCGCGACACUCUUAAACUUCUCAGUGAGCUUUGCUUUAAAGAAAAGUCCUUUAGUAAAUGUUUGGAGACAGGAAGGAAGUUAAAAGCCUCUUUACCGGAAGAGAAUCAUGAGGAAAACAACUCUCUCAGGGUAUGUUUAACACUCGUAAACGUUAAAAUUUUAUGACGACGAUGACGGCAUCCAAAUCCUGAUGCUUUAAUUCAACUUAAAUAUUGCAGAAAAAAAAAACAUUAUUCUAGUUAAUUAGAAUUAUUGUGACCAUCCCACUUUUAAGACUAAGAUGAAAACUUGCGUAACUACAUGACGCACUCAGGUUAUGUGAACAAACCAACUAUAAGAUGAUAUAAUAAGGAAAGAUACAGCCUUGCGGCAGAUUAGAAUAGCGUUCAAAGGGACUCAAAGCCUCACUUAUCGCCCCACCACAGUGGGAUGAGGACAAAGGAAUUUAUAGCAGAGUCUUUCUUUUCUUGCCGGCGCUGCAUGGGCUGGUUUGAUCAAGAUAUAACUGAAAAGGCAAAGGAAUGAGAUAACAGAAGUCCAGACUAAUUCGACUAGCGAUGGCUAAAAAAUCCGUCAAGCUAAUUACCCAGAGCCAUGAUGAUUGUUUCAACAGGCUAAAUGUUAAAUGUUUCAUUUUUCCGUUCUGCUAGGUCGAAUGGGCUAAACAGUGGAAGGAUUGGGGCAACGAGCUGUACGGGGAGAAUAAAUACGAUUUAAUGGCUGAGUUUAACAGUCUUGCCAUGGAGUUUACUCCAGAAUCGAACAAGGAUCUAAUGAAAGCUCUUCUCAGUAAUCGCUGUUUGGCGUACCUUAACUUGAACAAAUAUAAGGAAGCUCUAGAAGACGCGGAAAAAUGUAUCAAAACCAUGCCCCAGUGGUUCAGGGUAAGUCGUAACACAACAAUUUUCAUGCAGGACACUGUUAGUCUGCGCUAAGCGAAGUGUGAUUUUGCUUUGGCCAUAUGUAUUUCCCACUCUCUAUCAGUUUCAGUCUUGCAACAACUAGUAGCAAGUAAACUAGCAAUACAAUGCAGACCCUCGCGAGGCAGGAGCUAACGGCCAGAAGUAGGAAGAUUGGGAAAGAAGCUAGUAGGGAGAAGAAAAUAUAUGGAAAAGAAAUCAAAAAUAAAACAAAGCAUCAAUCACAAAGGGUUCUGCGAUUCACUUAUUUCUAGUAUAUACUACUUUUUUUCUUUAAGGGGCAUUCACGUCGUGGAAAUUGCUUGCUUAAACUAAAAAGAAAAAAAGAAGCUCUAGUAGCGUUUUGCAAAGGACAUACCUAUGCUUCAAGUGAUCGCGAAAAGAACUUCACUGCCAAAGAAGCGAUUUCGACUGCUACGGAGUUACCAGGUUAGUCAUUUAUUCUUUUGGAACAGAAACAAGUUACAUUUCAAAAUAUGUUUAAGUUCACCAAAGGCCAAGGACAAAAUUGAGCCACAACAGUGUCUAAUAUGAAAUCAAGGACCAAUAGCCAUAUUCAGAGGGGGAAAUUUUGGAGAAAAAAUGGAGGAACUGUAAGUUAGCGUACGGACCGUGAAAAAGACGCUUUUAAGAGCAUGUUUCUUUCUUUAAAACAAGAAAUAGGCCCUCUACGAAACAACGUUUUGUUAGCUUUUUAAAAUGAUAAAUUGCAUUUGUAUCGGUAAUUAGAGUUGAAGGAAAUGAGAAAAUCCUUCCCGUUUAGACUUUAGCCCAUAUUAACAGUACAUUGGGAGAGGGUGGAUUCAUUUGCGACAGAGCAGUCACUGAUUUGUUCGGUAGAUUUGUUUUCUGUUGUAUAGCUAAAAAACAAGAAAAAAAUUCCGGCAAAUACGACGGCUAUGUAUCGCUAGAAAUGAAUCCACUUUAAACCUGCGUUUUGCACCGUUUUUAGUUACCUGUACUUUGCUUUAUAACUGUAGAUGGAGAGACCCGAAUCUCUUGCACCUUUUCGCCCCGCACAAUUGAGUUUCUGGUAAAAGAGGCAUCCAAGAAUUUCGAAUGGAAAGAACUACGAUUCUUGUAUCUUGGUACCACAGCAAGUGACACAUCUAAAGGAAUAGCUAUUGAGUGUGACGCCUCCUGUGUGCCUUUAGAGCUCCUCAUUGAGUCAGAUGUUAAAGAUCUACAUAGGCUCGUUUCACGUCUCUUGGAGUGUGGUGCCUUGCCAGAUGGAUUAAAAGAUUGUAAACGACCCCCACUGUUAACAGCAAUGGAGUUAAUGAAGUUUCCUAUUGCUGUGACGUUGUUACGAAACAAAGCCGACCCUUCCUGUGUCAUAGGCAAUGAAAUAUUCAUCAACAGAGAGGUAUCUAAAAACCUGUAAUAGAUCGAUGUAAUGCUCUCUUGCAAUAGAGAAUUCAAAACACCUGAACAUUUUGUAAUAACUAAUAAACCAUUAUUUCACGAGCGCGCAUCUGAUGUGAGUCGAUGCUAAAUCAACUAAGUUGACAUGUGAAAAGCGGAUGUCCUAUCUCUUUUCUGGUCCCUCCUUACAAUCCACUCGCCAGUUUGUUCAGAGAUGAUACACUGCUCGACAACUAUAAAGCCAUCUAUGAUAUUAACGAAAAGAGGUUUAAAUAUUCUUAAACGUUUUUGUGAGUUUCAUUUCUGAUGCACUAACAAAAGUAAAACUGUAACGCUUGAGUAAAGCAUGCCACAGUUUUUGACCACGCUGGUUUUGUUGAACGAGAACAGAAGCUAGAAAAAAAUAACUGGUUUUAGCAGUGGAUAAAUUUCUAGCUUGUUUGGUUUCAUCUGGUUGGUUGAGAAUGAUCUUUGACAGCUAAACAGGCUGCGGAUUUCUCUCGCCGAUUUCGGCAAGUCCCGCGCUUAAAGAUGCUUAGCGCCUAAUUAAAUUUCUCUUUGAGACAAAACGUUUUUCUUCGGUCCCUACAUGUAAUAUGUCCUCCACACAAAAAAAUUAUCAUCUCCAAGUUUUACUGCUGAUAGUUUUGGUUUAUUAACUUAGCAGUCCACGUGUUUCUUUAUCGGUCUUUAUCAAACCUGAGUCUCGCCGGCAAAAUUGAAAUGUCCGAAGAGAAAAGUGUAAUACUUAAGGUUAAUAAGUAUUUACCUAGGUAUUAAUCACCUUGAUACAUCUUCUGCAGGGUCAAUCGAGGCAGUGGUUUCAGCUUGGUCGCAAAGCAUUUGCCAAUGAGGACCUUAUGAAAGCAGUUAUGUUUUUUAACAUGUGCCUUCACCUCUCUGACUCCAGCACAGAGCCGUCCAUCUUAAUAAAGACAAAUCAUACUUUAGCGGAAGCCUACUUCAAGCAAAACAAACAUGAACUAGCCGUCAACGCGGGAAACGAAUGUUUUAGAUUGCGUUCAGUUAGAUCAGAGGUAUUACUCAAUUAUUUCACUUAAAAGAAAUAAACUACUAAAUUGUGCACUGCCCAAGAGUUAAAUUGGAGCAGUGACAUCUGGUGUGAUCAAAGACAAGUUACACUGUGAAAAAAAAUCAGAAAGCAAGAAAAACACCGGAAAAACACUCUUAAAGCUGACACGCAGAGGGAAUAAAACUGAAGAAGCAUGCUUAGAAUUUUUCUCGUGUUUCAUCUGCAUGCCGUUGACCUGGGGUAACCUAAACUGGGAAAUGGGUAGUGGAAUUUCAUUGUUUGCUCAAGUAAGCAGACAAUUUGGGCAGGAGAGAGCCUCUUGAAUAAUCCAACCCAAGCUUUUGUUAAAGAAGAUGGAAGAAAUAGUUAAUAAGUUGCAUUCCUGCCAAGGCAUCAUUCUGAUACUAAGUGGAGAUUAAAAUUGUCUUAAAAAAUACUUUUGCCGACUAUGUCUUUAAAGGAAGAAGCAAAGAGAUGGCAAGUUCGUGCAUCCCAUGUUUUUUCCUUGGGUCUUUACAAGCUAUGUGUCCAGUGCGUCAAUUUAGGUUUAAAGUACACUCCUGUUGAAUCCAAACAAACCUUCUCACGUUUUCUGUGCCAACGUUCCGAGGCUGAGCAGCAGUUAGGGGAUUAUGUAAGAGGCCUGGAAGAUGCUAGAAGCGCCUUAAAGAUGACUUCAGAACUGCUGGAGGUAAUUAAAACUAAACUUUUUUUUUUCACACAGUCUGUAAAUUUCCAUGAGUAAAAAGAAAAUAGUACAUGUGUAGAUUUAGGUCAUUCCUCAUUUCGUACUUUCAAGUUAGUGUUAAAAUUAAAACUGUACUUGCACAAAUGUUAAACUAAAACAGUUUGGCAUAAUUGGCUUAACUGAGCGCGUUUGGCUUGAAGCCGCCGUUCAAACUUACUCGGACUUCGUCGCCGACUAUGGAGCUGCUAUUAAUAUGUGGUCCUUGGUCCAGAAAGUUCGCGAUGCCCUUGGUCCGCGACUUUUCCGAAAAUGAUAAGAUAUUUCGUCGCGAAAAAAAAUACGUUGAAUAAUGAAAGAUAUCGUGAUUUACUGAUUAGCAUUCUUUAAUCGAAGUUUUAUGACGAAGUUUCGGCUUUCUUGUUGUGGGUGAAGGCGCGAAAUUAAAGUUUGUUGACGGGUACUACGGGUUAAUUUGUCUUUCUUGAAGUUUGGGCAUUUGCGGCGCUGUAAAUUAUAUGGUCAAGUUUACUUACCCUGCGAAUGAAUAAAACGCAACGGGAGGACGUGCCUUUUUGCAGGACAGGUUUUCAGAUCAACUUACUUCUGCUGUUGGAAGCAUAUUGCCGCAGACUUUGAAUUUUUUUGGUUUAUCGACUCUUGAAAAAUAUCACCAAAUUCCGUUUAGUGGUCCUUGGUCCGCGACCUAUGACCUUGAUUGAAUAAAACUUCGCAAAACAAAAAGCGACGGCCUUUGUUUUCGAAGAAUGUUUUACAAAAAAUCCUCCCUAUACAUGUCUACAAGUUCUCUUUCUUUAAUACCUCGAAUACAUGCAGAGUUUUCAAUAAUUAUUUUCGACCGCGCUGAAAACCGCCCGUCGACGCUAGUGUGGGAGACUCGACAAAGACUCUGGUCUGAAGUCUUUGAAAGAAAAAGCAGACUAUUUUAUGAUCACAACAUCUUCCGAAUAAAAAUCUAUAGCUUUAUUGCAUCAAGAAUAGAAAAAAUCACAUGAAGUAUUGUGAAAAUCUCGUUUUCUUGUGGAAACUAUCACAGUUUUACAUUCUUUUUCUUGCUUACCUGAGUCGUGGAACAAGGACCACAUUCGCGGACCAAGGACCAUCGAAAACGGUCGCCUUUUUUCGAAUUCCAAGCAAAUUAUUUACGUCUAGAACUUGAAACUUCAGGAUUAUCGAGAGGAACAUAAAAGCUAUCUUCAGGGAGUAUUUCAGCUCGUUACGUUUUGAUUCGGGUAAGAUAUAUUAGUAAAAUCCAACUAGUGGUCUAUUAUCAAUACUGCGUUCUGAUUGGUUGAGCAACGACUUGGCUAUAUGUUAUAGCCCACUAAUUAGAGCGAAAAGCGCGGGCUUUUGGCGGCAAAAAAGGAUUAAAGUCUAGCUUUAACUAGCUUUUUUUUUUAUUCUCGAUAUUUUUGUCCAGCUAGUUGGAUUUACUAAACCAAUUAUUCCUCUCGGCCUCAUGGGCUAUUGACUCAGAGCCCAUUCGGGCUCGAGGAAUAAUUGUUAAAUAUCUUACCUAUUUUAGUCGCGGACCAAGGACCACAUACUGUACAAGUGUUAUUUACAUCAGAAGCUUCUUUCACUUUUGUAGAUCUUCAUUAAGAAUUUACAAACUGUCUGUACUUUUCUGUGUUUUCAGCCAUGAUUUUGAGCUUUGAAAAUGGCAGCGUGAUUUCUCUGACAAACGAUGGUGCGAAUGGCCUCUUGAUUUUGAUUGGUUGCUUACAUCGUAUGACUGAUUGAUCCUCUCUUUUCAUUGGUUUAUAUUUUACCGGCUAAAAUACAUUUUAGCCUGUCAAAUUGUCCAUUUUAGAGCGCAGAAUGCGCCACAGUACCCGACAAAAUGACAAUAAUAAACUGUUUUCAUUUCAGGGCAUUGGGAACUUGCAAACGUAGUUAUUAUGUUUAGCGUUUUUUGAAUCUACUUUAAAGUCUGUGUUGAAUCUACAUACCUUACCGAGGGGGGCGUAAGGGGGGUACGAAUACCGCAAUACCGCACGUGGUAGCGCGAGAAUACCGCAAUACCGCAUCAAAAUUUAGCCAAAUACCGAAACCGCAGUUACAAAUGGGAAAAAGUUGAUGUUGUCAAUACUACAAAUCCUCCUUUCAAAUAGAAAUAAUACUUUUAUGUCACUGUUUCCAAAUAAAGGUGCGUCGAUGUCAAGCGUACGAUAAACAUAAGAUCAUCGCACUCGUUUAGCUUUGUUUAUUACAUGUAUACGUUUACGUAAAUGAUACAACAGGAGUUUUCUAGUAUCACUUUAUAUAUUACUGACCUGGAUCAUAAACGGACGGAAAACAGUUGACUCUUAUGAGGUUGUUUCAGAUUCACAAUUAACUCGGUUCUGUGUUGAGGGUUUCAAAACGACGACCCGGGCUGCCUUUUGGAUUCGAAGGGCACACAGUACAGAAGUACACACUAGCCUGCGUACCAUGGCGGUUUUGGUUAGGCGCGCUAAAUAAUAAGUCGAAAUAAGGCGGGCGCGGGCGAGGAGAUUGGGGCAGGAGCUGCUUCGCUGCUCACAGUGGUGCUGCCGACAAAACCAUGUAAAACUGCCAUGCCCGGGGUGGAGGCGGGGGGGAGGGGGUACUUGGGUUAAUAUUUGGUUGAUAUGUGCCGCUGGCCUCUCAGAGCCCCUACCCCAUUACAGUCUAUUCUGUGGCCAAUUAUAGACCCCAUCUUAGUCAUUUGAACAAAUAUUUAAUUUUCGCGAUCCCAACUUCGUCACUUUCUAUUUUUAUGAAUUGACCUUGUUUUAGAUUGAAUGAAGAACACUUUACUUUUCAUCUACAAUACAAACAUUCUGGUACCUUUGCUAACCGUAAAUAUGAAGAACUGUCUUACCCCCAAAAAAGCAGAAAAUGCGCGACCCCAUUCUAAAAAAACUCUCUGAAAAUGCGACCCCAUUAUAGUAACUCCAGUCGUGAAAAUGCGACCCCAUCCAGCGGCACAUCCUCAUUAGCCUCUUAUCAGGAAGUACCCCCCCACCACCGACCCCGGGCUGCUAUGCUACGUAGGGUAAGCAAACACGAAUACUAGUACAUUCUAUAUUCCUGCAUGCACAACGAGAAGGACAAGUAGUAAUUUUUAGACCACACCGUCUUUAUAGAUUAUCUUUCGACACUACGCAAUUUAUAACGAUCGCACUGACCUCACUAUUUGCUGGAAUAUCUGACUGAUCACUUAGUUGACCCUCUGGAUCGCUCUCUGUUGUUUGGCGACUGGCACGAAAGUGGUGGUAAGAUUGGUAUAAAGGAGGUUAACCAAGCUGACUAUUCCCACAAGGUCCAUGAAGUCAUAAAUAAUGCGACAUGUUUACGUAUCAUUGGAUGAAAAAGUUAAUGUCGUUAAUCAUAUCAAGUAUUAACUGAAAUUAGAAGCCAUACGAUUUGUCUGCACUGUUUGCGCAAUACAAUCCCCGACUGUGCACACAGGUCACGCAGGCUAGCCAGGGAGACCUUUUAGGAUUUGUAUCCUCUUGUCAUGAAAAAGAAGCAGAUCACCGCGACACAACGAUUUUUUCACCGACUACCGCGGCGUAAAAUGUAAACUUACCGCAAACCGCUUGGACUCUGAAAACCGCAAUACCGUACUUUGAAAUAAAAAUUACCGCAACACCGCACCAAAAAUGACCCAAUACCGCAAUACCGCAAACCCUUACGCCCCCCUCCUUACCAUUUCAAUUAUUAGUCUAAGAACGAUUAAACUAGCAAACUAUUUACCGUACGUUUUGUUGUGUUUAGGGAUAUCUGAAUCAGUUUCGGUGUCUCCGAGCACUAAAGAAAGAAAAAGAAGCAAUGCUAGCCGUAAAUGAAUGCUUGAAGCGAACAACCGAUGAAACUCUAUUGGGCGAGCUUUUAAGUGAAGCACUUGACGUGGCUGUAAAUCUUAAAGGUAACGGGGUAAAAUACGCAAUUGCAAAGUUAGAGAUGUAGCAGAGGUUUAGAUAGCAAAUAUCCCUGUUAUCUGCGGUACUAUAUUUUGCGGAUUUAGUUGUUUUCUACAGACGUUUUCUAAUAGUCUUUCGCAAAUGCAUCAGUCAAUUGUAAUCCCGGCCCCCGACCCACGGGACAUGGCGGGGGAUAGCGGAGAUUUAACGCGGCCAAUGCCGGGAUUCAGUUAACGCAACGUGUUGGCCCUGGGGGUAUGAAGGCACUUAUCCGGCGGGUCGCCCUAGUCUCAAACGCAGAAGGAAAAACUUUACAAAUAAGCAAAAUAGACAGCCAUGACUUCAGUCCUACAUUUCGAAAGCCUUAAACACAAUGAUAAAACAUAUGAAGAAUCAAAGAGAGUGAUCACAAUAUUUCAGACUAUUUGUAGCCUAUGUGUUUGAUAUGGCAAAUGGAACUUGUUUUAAAAGUGGAAAAGCUAUGUUAAAUGCAGUACACUAAUACAACCUGUCAAGUAUACCAUAGAGAUGUUAAGCGAUAACCGCAUUUUUCUAUUCUGACCCUGGGGGCCCGUUCUCAUAGGUUCUCAGGAAUUUAAGGUACAAAAAAAAAUCCUAUGGCACUCAGGGUAACAUUUUUCCUGAAUCUGAAGAAACGUAGUCAAGAGUUUCUAUUAUCCGUUAGUUUGAAUUUAAAUACAGUCAAACCUCCUGUAAGCGAUCAUUUAAAAUGGGAAGCCUUAGUGGCCGCUUACGGGAGGUGGCCAUUUACAAGAGUCGAAACACAGGGGUUUUUUUCCAAGAAGAGGUCCCGGUCGGGACACAUACAUAUUAUUUGCAUACAAUUUCUUAGUUGCAAUAUGUGUAAUCAGUGUUUUAGGGAGAAAUCAAACUUCACUGCAGUUGCCGAGUGUAGAUAAAAUGUUUUUUGUUGACUUAAGAAACGAGUCCAGCUGUCACCAAUUCUGAACUGCUUUAGGUUCCAUUACAAACCGCUCUUCGGGAAGGAACCCGUUCUCGGCGAGGAACAACGCCGGACCCUAGAGAGCCGUUGCGAUCGAACUUAAAACUACUAAUGCCCCCCAUGCGGGGCUUUUAACAAACUACUUGUCUCAGAAAGUGGGGAAAUAAGCCGCGUUUUAAUACCAGACCAAUGUUAAAUUCCCCGUUAAGUCCCGGGGGUCGGGGGGCCGGAGUUUUAACGGACUGAUGCAUAAAUGGAUUGUUCUAGCUCUACUUAAAAGGGUUAAGAGGCACUCGAUUGUUAGUGUUUUAUGAAGUUAAGUCACGCCCAAGAAAUAAUGAUAUUUUUUGGCGUCCAACAAGGACAACUAAAAUUGAUGCCUGAUGUGUUUCAUACUUAACAGAUGGGACAACAGCCAUCACAACACUCCUUCCAAACCAUAUUCUUCUCAAAUUGAUGAACGAGGUGAUAAGGAUAAGGGACUUUAAUAAACUGAAAAUCUUGUUUCUUGGAGGAGGAGGGCCCUCGAAACACCCAGUAGGUGCUGGGGGCCUUGUAGCUAAUGCGGAUGCACGCAGUGUCCCUCUUGGAGAAGUGAUUCGUUGUUUUGAUCCUGAAGAAGCCUUAAUAUCAGUUCUCCUUGAGCAGGGUGCUUCCGUAAACGUGACUGAAGGUUCAGAUGUUAUUCCUUUGGAGGAAGCCAUAAGAAAAGAAAAUCUUCCUCUUGUGGAAAAGCUAGUCCAGAGAGGAGCAAACUGUUGUGCUGUGAGCAUCGAUGGAGAACCGAUGGUACACAAGGCGAUGCGGAUUGGGCUGAAAAGCGGUAAUUUACUGAAAUAUCCUUUGUAA